AUGUCGUGGUUCCAGCUACCCUACCGUGAGGCUCGUGAUGGCUUCUGGGGCGAGCAGACGUCCACGCUCAACUGGUGUGAAGAGGACUACAACAUCACCCACUACUGUGCCGAGCUCGUCAACACCCUGACCAACCUUACCUUUAUCUGGCUUGGGGUCAGCGGCAUCCGCGACUGCAUGCGCUUCUCACACCCGAGCAUCUUCUUCGUCGCCUUUGCUGGAUACAUCAUUGUUGGCAUGGGGUCCAUGGCCUUUCACGCCACUCUUAAAUACUCCAUGCAGCUUGCCGACGAGCUGCCAAUGAUCUAUGCGACGUGCAUCAUAGGGUAUGCGACGUUCUCGUUUGGCAAGAGCCGCGCCCUCCAGACGGUCGUGGGCCUGUCUCUGUUCAGCCUGGCCCUCUUCAUCACGGUCGUCUACUACAUCACCAAGGAUCCCGUAUUUCACGAGGUGUCGUAUGGCGUGCUCACGGCAGCCAUCGUGUUCCGUGCCAUGUUCAUCAUGAAAUACCAGCUGCACCCGGCCUUGGAGCUUCGCAGCACAGAUCGGGCAGCGGCCAUCAUGUCGCAGAUGUGGAAGAUGUGCUUCACCGGCAUCGGGAUGUUCCUUCUCGGCUUCCUGAUCUGGAACCUCGACAAUGUGUACUGCAGCCACCUUCUGUCGUGGCGGCAGAUCCUGCUUCUGCCAUGGUCUCUUGUCCUCGAGGGCCACGGCUGGUGGCAUCUCUUUACCGGGCUAGCGUACUACUUUAUUGCUUGGCGUAUCUGGUUGCACCGAUGUCUUGAAGGUAAAGAAGACGAGUACAUGCUGCAAUGGCCGUCACCGUAUACGUCGGUGCCGCGUGUGGUCCCGAUUUAUGAAGGGGACAACGGCAAGGACCGAAAGAUCCUCUGA